CAAGAAGAAGACGUGUGAUUGAUUUCGGGCUUAAGUCGUUCGCGGAUAAAACGGCUUAAAAUCGCCUUCUUUUUACAAAAUCGUGGCUAUUCGAACACCGUGCGCUCCUCAUUUUACCGACAACAAUCGAUUUCCCGGGUUUUUCGCCAGCAUUGCGUAGCUUGGAAAACUGUCUCUCGCCUAACUGCAUUUGUAUACAGAGCAGGUGGUGUUGUCUCUCUCGGGCCGCACUGCUCGCCCCAGAUGUGCGAGCGAAACAACAACAAACAAGUUACAAGCUCUAACAAAAUUCCGUCGACAUUCAAUGCAAAACUGGAGCUCGACUCCAGCAAGGAAGACACCAUUCACUCCGCAAGCCUGAACAAAAAGCUUGUCAAAAUUAAAAAGUUCAAGCUGGACGAUAUGAAGGAGAUGGUAGGUGGUUGCUGUGUUUGUUCGGACGAGCGGGGGUGGCCGGAGAACCCGCUCGUCUACUGUGACGGCCAAAACUGUACGGUGGCAGUGCAUCAGGCGUGCUACGGGAUUGUGACUGUACCCACGGGACCCUGGUAUUGUCGCAAGUGCGAAUCCCAGGAGCGCACCUCUCGCGUUCGCUGCGAGCUUUGUCCCUCGCGGGAUGGUGCCCUCAAGAAGACCGACAAUAGUGGCUGGGCCCACGUCGUCUGCGCCCUGUACAUCCCGGAGGUUCGGUUUGGAAACGUGACCACCAUGGAGCCCAUUAUACUGGCUCUUAUACCGCAGGAGCGGUACUCGAAGACUUGCUACAUUUGUCUGGAGAUUGGAAAACCGAAUCGAGCCAAUUUUGGCGCCUGCAUGCAGUGCAAUAAAUCGAACUGCAAGCAACAGUUCCAUGUCACAUGUGCCCAGAGUCUUGGCCUGCUUUGUGAGGAGGCAGGCAAUUAUUUGGAUAACGUGAAGUAUUGCGGCUAUUGUCAGCAUCAUUACAGUAAACUGAAAAAAGGCGGCAACGUCAAAACCAUACCGCCAUAUAAACCCAUUCAACAUGACACCUCAUCCGAUUCAUGUUCGUCGCCUGAGAAGGAGAUCGAUUCCACCAUGAACUCGUCGGCCACAUCGGCUACGAGCAUUAAAAUUACCAGUAGCAGCAGCAGCGGUGGACCCAGUGGAGGUACCCAAAAUCCAGUGAACUCCGCUGGAAGUGGUAGCGGAAGCAGUAGCGGAGUAUCGUCAUCCUCCAAGCAGCGAAAGAGCAAUGCGUCUGGGAAGCAAUCGUCAAGCAGCAGCAGCAGUAGCAGUAGCAGCAGCACUUCAUCAUCGACGGGUGUGGCGGCAACCAAUCCAUCCUCGAGUUCUGCGAACCCGAGUGCAUCAAACGGUGGCAGUUUACUACCUGGCAGUAGUAACAACACCACUAGCAGUAAUUUAAGCAAUAACAACUUACCUGGCGGAGGCACCAGCAGUGCUGGGAACGUAACCAGUGGAGGCAAUACAAUUGGAUCAAGUACUGGACCACCUAUCAGUAGUGCGACGUCUCAAAUGUCGACGCCAAAUGCUGCCGCUAUUCCGAAAUCAUCAUCAUCAUCGGCGGGCAACUCAAACAGUACUGGCGGCAGCACCAGUUACAAGGAUAAGCAUAGCAAAAGUUUGAGCAAAUCCUCCAAUUCUAGUAAGGAUAAGGACAGCAAGGAUAACACUAGCAAUAUAGCUAACAAUAGCUUCUCGAAUUCAUCAGCUGCCUCAUCGACAUCUUCCAACUCCUCCUCUUCCCGAGACAAGUCUUCGUCCAAGCUAUCGAAGACCAAAGACUCGGUCCAAGUGCAACCAAGUACUACCAGCAGCACUCAGCCCAUCAUUUCAUCAACGUCGACAACAAUGAGUGGGAUCAGUGGAACUGGGACAUCGCAUGUCACUAGCUCAGCUGCUAGCUCAGCUCCCACAACAAUACAUGAGCACUCGAAUCAAGCUCAGAAUCUGAGUACAACAAACCCAGGAGGAAGUGACAGUACAAGCACAACCGGCAAAAUACUAUUGCCCAGCAAUCUCACGACCAGCAAUUCUAAUUUUGGACAAGGAGCCAGCAACGCCACAAGUUCCGGACUGAACGAUUCCGCCGGCAUUAACUUAAAUUCUGAAAGAGACAAUAACUUGCCCAACGCAGGCUCGUCGGCAAGCAAUCAGCCCGCCAUGGCCAUGGGUGCUGUGGUAUCCUCCAAUGCAAAUGCUAGCAAUCCAAACAACACGGGCAAAGGCAGCUCUCCCUCAUCCACGAGUCUACCAUCGACCAGUUCAUCGAAUUCCUCGAACAAAAAAAGAAAGGCAGACUCGGUCAAGUCCAGUGGUGGCGGCAGUGGCGGUAUAUCCAUCGCUGGCGCCGCUCUGGAUGAUAACAAUAGCUCAUUCCGGGAUAUUAUCAAAGACGUACAUGUAACCUUAACGCCAUUAACGGAUUUUGAGAAGGAAAUUGAGAAAAGUUCGAAAAGGCAACGUACAGAGCUCAGCCCGCCGACCCACCAAACAUCCGCCACCGCAGAGGUAAAUGCACCGCUGGCCAGCUCAACAAGUGCGUCCAUUGCGGUGACAGCGAGUGCAACGGCGGCAACCGCAGCCACGGCCUCUCCAGUGUCAGGCAGCACUACCUCAGGCGGCAGCAGCAAUGCUGCAGCUCCCGCGGGCACCGGAAGCAGCUCCGGCGGAAUGGCAGCUGGCGGUGGAGGAGCAGCCCCCGCUGUCGGCACCGGCAGCUAUUCAAAGACAGAGACGAGCAAGUCGAGUGGCACUGCAAGUGGAGGAGUUGGCGGUGGCAGCAACAAGCACAAUAGUAGCAACAACAAGGAUAGCGGCAACAGCCAGCAGGCAUCGAGCGGGAGCAGCGGCAAUGCACCCAGUCUGUAUGUCUCAGUGCCGCUGUCCACGGCCAAUGUACCUGGAAUCAAUCUGCCCACCAGUAGCAGCAGCAGUAGCAGUAAUCCCAGCAGCGAAUCCCAUGUGGCAGCAUCGCGGGGCAAUGGGGCACCAUCCCAGCAGCAGCAGCAGCAGCAACAGGGUAGCCUCACAGCGAUGGGAGGUGGUGGAACAGGAGCCGCAGGAUUUGGAGGAGGUGGUGCGAACAGUGGCUCUUCGUCGGUCAUCCAGCACCAAAGCGGCAAAUCUUCACCGGCGUUGGGCGGCAACCUAGUCAGUGGCAAUAGCGGUGGCAGCAUCAUCUCUGCCAGUGGUACUGCAAUCUCCGCCGGGGGUAAUCUCACUGCCACCACCACGGAGAGCGGUUACCUGAAGAUCAGCUAUGAGAAGCAGACGACGCGGGUGCAGCAGCUACAGGAACAGGAGGCGCCUCCAGCACGUCGGAGCAGAUCGCGCUCUGGCGAGAGUGGCAGUAGUCACCACCAUGCCCACCAUCAUCAACACCAUCACGCCUCCUCCACUGCCGCCUCUCCCUCUCCCUCGUCCUCCACCUCCACUACCACUUCCACAUCCUCAUCCUCGCUCUCGAGUGCCAGUGCCUCGGCCACAUCCGCGAAUAGCAAAACCACCUCGAGGUCAGGCAAGAAACGCGGAGCUGCCGUCAGCAAGGGCGAUGCAGCUGCAACUGCAUCGCCGGCAGCAGUAACAACAACGGCCACUGCCGAGAAGCAGGGUCGACACAGCUCGCCCCACCACAGUGCCACUGCGGUGCCCACACCGCCACCGCCUGCGACUGGGAUUGUGGCACCUCCAGUGGUGUUCUCGCCCGUCGUAAUGCUGCAAUCUCUGUCCUCGUCAUCGAUUGAUUCCCCACCGGCAACGGCAACAAGUCGCAAUACUCGAAACAAUAACGGCAACAACAAUACGAAUCAUAAUGGCGAGCAGACCUCGUCGUCCUGUUCGUCCACAUCUCCCACCUCCUCUUCGAGCGGUGGCGGUUCCAGUGGCGUGGCCAAUGUGGUGAAUCUUGCAGACUCGCCGGUGAACAUGACAGCUUCAGGCAACUAUCGAGGCAACAGCAUUGCCAAUGGCAGCUCGGCCAACAAGCCCCUGAACAAGAAAAUGUUGCGUGCUCAGCAGACGCAGAUGUAUCAGCAGCAGCAGCAGCAGCAACAGCAACAGCAACAGCAGCAGCAGCAGCAGCAGUAUGCCACCCCCGCUAGAGCCAACUCCCCACCCCCUAAUCUCAGUCAAGCCCCUACUGCUCCUCUUAGCUUCACAACUAGCUUUAAACCCUCGCAGCAGCAGCCAGCGUCUUCAGCACAGAGUCAACAGCACGAAGAUCUUGAGAUUUUGCAAUUCACUAAUUCGAAUACCACUCCUACUCCUUCUGCGACGAAACCAACCAACAGAACGCCCGAUCUCAGCCAAACGAGCUCCUCAUCAUCCGCAGUGCCGGCGACAACAGCUGCCUUGGUUUCGCUGAGCAACAACCAGCUGCCCCUCAGUUCGAUGGCCGGCGGCGGCGGCGGUUUGAAAUUCACGUACGAGAGUCAAGUCCAGUUGGAUGUGCCCAUGCUGCCAGUGAGUGCCAUUAAGGAUUCACCGCCCAGCUCACCCGGCUCGGAGACUGGAUCCGUCAUGCACACGGCAACGGCUGCGGUUAGUUCCCUGACUGCAGCGGCUCCUACCUCGGCAUCGGCGGCAGCAACUGUCCAGCCGGGAAAUGUGCGGAAACGUGGACGUAAGGCAAAGGACUCUACGAUAGCAGCAGCGGCAGCUGCAGCGGCGGCAGCAGCAGCAGCAGCAACAGCAGCAGCUAAUGCUGCAAACAGCAGUGUUCAACAGGAUCUCAAGGAUGUGCGCAUACUGCAGAAUGGUGCGGCAGCCAGUGGCUCAAGCAAUCCAACCAGCAGCAGCACACCCACGCCGCCGGCCACACCCGUAGCCACAUCUGCUGGUAGUACGCCAGGCAGUUCUAUCAUCACGCACACGGCCGCCCAUAUGUUGGGCAACCAGCUGAAUCCCAAUAGCAGUGUGGCCCAGAAGCUGUCCGAGCAGCUGCACAUGGAGGUUCAGGAUCACUCGAUCUACACGCCCGACUCCAUGAACUCACAGUACACUGGGGUGCCAUUUCCUGGCAAGCAGCGCAAUGCCGCUUCCAGUAAUGCUGCAACAACGCCAGCACCGAAUCCCCUUCAGUCAAUGUUCAGCGGUGGCGGGAUCAAUGGCAACAUGCCCAUACCACAGAGUCUGGAGCAAUUGCUGGAGCGCCAGUGGGAGCAGGGCUCGCAGUUUCUCAUGGAGCAGGCGCAGCACUUUGACAUUGCCUCGCUGUUGAAUUGCCUGCACCAGCUGCAGAGCGAGAAUCUGCGGCUGGAGGAGCAUGUGACCAGUCUUAUAGCACGCCGCGAUCACCUUCUGGCCGUGAAUGCCCGCCUCCAGAUCCCAUUGAGUACGAUCGGCGGCAGCAGCAAUGCCAAGGCCGAGGCGCACGGUAAGUAGAGAUGAGGCGGAAUUCUCUAUUGUUCUUGGUGUCGGCCAGCUCUUUUUGGCAACCGGAGGCGAGGACUCACCACACAUGCCACUCUCACACACUGCCACUUGAUCACAGACCAAAUUUGCAUUUGAUACGUUAUAUUUUUCAUUUUCUUUUUAAUGUUUGGUAUUCCUUGUACAUAUUAUUUACGAUUGGAAUUGUUGCCUCCAUCCGCAAUCCUCUUCAGUCUUAGUCAUAAGUGGCUUAGGUUAAGUUGUCCCCAAAACUGCUUAAAAUACGGUCCUUGUAUAUAAGUAAACAUGUACAUAAUAUUUGCAAAGAAGUGACUGUCUGAUGGGCGAUACAAUUAUUGCAUUUAUAGACAAACCUUUUUCACGCUACGGCAUACUUUCUUCUGUGUCAUUAUUGACGAACCCAGCCCACACUUUUAAGUUAGUUCUACACUCUUGUAUUAACGGCGAACUAUACACAACUUAAUUAUACUUACUUAUAUUAUGUAACAAAUUAUAAUGAUUUUAUUGGCCAAGUUUAUAUUUAGUUAAGUUAUUUUGUCGCAAUAUGCUAAGGCUAAGGCUUUUUCCGAUUUUAUUUAUUUGAGAAAUGAAUAAAAGGUUUUAAUAUAACAAAACA